AUGGCCCACUGGAGAGAGGAGUACUCCGCCGCUUUGGCGGCUCGCGAUCGACGAGAGAAAGCAAACAUUGCUAUUUUAAAAGCCUAUACGCAACUUGCCGAUCGGACCGGUCGUAUAACAACAGCUGUUGAUAGUGCCCAAGGUUCUACUCCGACAGAGGUCCACCAUAGUGCUCCUCAGCCCCUAGCAGUAGACCAUAAGAAGCAGCCUCUAGGAGCGUCGGGGCUCUCCCUCCAAGAUGCUCUAGCUGCAACGCGCUUAGAUCUGUCAGAGGCGCAGCGGUCCCGCUCAGAGUUACAGGAUAGGCUUACUCGUACAACGGCCGAGCUGGAGAAGCUGCGAAAACGAAACUCUCAGGACUCCCGUCGCAUUGGCGCACUAGAGAAAGAGGCCACUCAGCUACAAAUGCGGCUGAAGGAUAGGGAUGAAGAAUUGAGGGGAAAGGCGAAAUUACUGGACGAUUUCCAAGAUGAGCUUGCAUCACUAAACCUGCAGCUCAAUAUGGCCGAAGAGCGAUCUAAUCGUCUACAGAAGGAGAAUCAAGAGCUAGUUGAUCGUUGGAUGGCGAGGAUGGGCAAGGAAGCAGAAGCAAUGAACGAAGCCUCACAAUUUUCAUGA